CAAAUUUUGCUCCAUGGAAUUGUUAGUAAAUUGUAAAUGAUUACUUGUAUCAUCAUGUACACUUCAUUAAUUGUAAUUAUUUGCUCUUUUUUAGGAUCAAGACAAAGAAUAUGUUGGUUUUGCCACUUUGCCAAACCAGGUUCACAGAAAGUCAGUCAAGAAGGGAUUUGACUUCACUCUUAUGGUGGCAGGUGAAUCUGGGUUGGGGAAGUCCACUCUGGUCAAUAGCCUAUUUCUCACAGACCUGUACAAAGAUAGGAAACUGCUAAAUGCUGAAGAGAGGAUCACACAGACAGUGGAGAUCACCAAACAUACAGUGGACAUCGAGGAGAAAGGUGUCAAACUUAAGCUCACCAUUGUGGACACUCCUGGCUUUGGGGAUGCUGUAAAUAAUACUGAAUGUUGGAAGUCAGUGGCAGACUAUAUCGACCAGCAGUUUGAGCAAUACUUCAGGGACGAGAGCGGACUCAACCGCAAAAACAUCCAGGACAACCGCGUGCACUGCUGCCUCUACUUUAUCUCACCGUUUGGGCAUGGUCUUCGGCCUCUUGAUGUGGAGUUUAUGAAGGCUCUUCAUGAAAAGGUUAAUAUUGUGCCAGUUUUAGCAAAAGCAGACACACUCACCCCCAUUGAGGUCAGGAAAAAGAAAAUAAAGAUCAGAGAAGAAAUUGAACAGUAUGGGAUCAAAAUCUACCAGUUCCCAGACUGUGACUCUGAUGAGGAUGAGGACUUUAAGCAGCAGGACCUUGAACUAAAGGAGAGCAUUCCUUUUGCUGUAAUUGGCAGCAACACUGUGGUAGAGGCCAAAGGCAAGAGAGUCAGAGGUCGUCUGUACCCUUGGGGUAUUGUUGAAGUUGAGAACUCUGCACACUGUGAUUUUGUGAAGCUGCGAAACAUGCUUGUUCGUACACACAUGCAGGACCUCAAAGAUGUGACCCGGGAGACGCACUAUGAAAACUACAGGGCCCAGUGCAUCCAGAGCAUGACCCGCCGAGUGGUGAAGGAGCGCAACCGCAACAAGCUUACCAGGGAGAGUGGCACAGACUUCCCCAUCCCUGCAGUGUCAGGGGUGGCCGACAAUGACACAGAAAAACUCAUCCGAGAGAAAGAUGAAGAGUUGCGACGGAUGCAGGAGAUGUUACAGAAGAUUCAGGACCAAAUGCACACACAAAACUAUUGACCCAAGACUUUGUAAAUGAGUUUAAACUGGGAAGAACUCCCCAGUAACCUCCAUCUUUCACAAAACUGUCACAUGGCCAGUGCACCACCUCACAUACUGCACCAGACUGAGCAGGGAGCAGGUGGUACGGUGAUUUCACACAUUCUUCAUGCAGCAAUAUUAUCCCAACAUGUACAAAAAUGUGAUGGUAGUUGAAAAUGGUUGUCUAAUAUGGUCUUGCUUGGCGUUGAAGUUGAAAUAGACAAAGAAUUUAUUUGUUCAUAAAUUGACCUAUUGCCACUGCUCACUUCCACUUUAAAAGGUAAACAAAAUAAUUUAAAUAACUGGGAUAGAAUAAAAAUGAGACAGAUGAAUCAUUAUUAAAGGGGGACUAAAAUCUUGAAGCAUGCUGUGAAGAUUUUGUUAUUACAUACCUGAAAUACUGUUGGACUGCAGAUGGCGCUCCAGGUAGAAAGAUGAGGCCAAAGCCAUAUUAAUUUAGCUCUCUUCAUGAAGAAGACCUUCUAAGGACAUGAACAGUGGAAAUAUGUCAAGAAAACAAACCAAGUAAUAAUAAAUAUUUUAGAUAAUAUAAAGUGAUGGGGCAGUUAUUCCACAUUUACAGAUUAUUGUUACAUGACUCUUUUCUUUUGGGCAUCAUAUCUAAUACGGUUUACAUGUAUGUACUGUUAACUAAUUCACUUGAGCUAAAAGCACACUUUUCUUGUGCAACAAUUUUUUUUUUAAUAACUAUGCAUUGAAUGCAACAUUUAGGAAUCAAUUUUGGUUGCAUGUUCAUAUUUUCCACUUUUUACUCUACCUGUUAUUUAAGCACUAUAUUUGUAGAUUUGGUAUUUGAAAUAUCUUCCAAUUAUCUUUAUUUUUUUAUUACGCAAGGUUGUUUUUUGUUUCUUAACAGUUAACAGCCAAACUGUUAGUAUAUUUGAUUUCCAUUUCAACCGGACUGAUAUAAAAUACUGAUUAACACUGCGCAUAAAAAAAGAGAUUAAUGACAAUACCCUUAAUUGGUAUAAAACUCCUAGGUUGAAAUAUGUAUGUGUUUUUCCAUUUUCUUCUUUUUAAAGGAUGUCAUUUUGAAAUUUAGAUGAGUACUAAUGUGUAUGCACUAGUCUCAUUGCCUGAACUUGUUUUAAUUUUCUGACAGUUCUUGAAAGUAUAAUUUGUACAAAAUGGCCAGUGUAUAGCCAGUGCAAACUCAGAUGAUAAUGUACGUAUGUAUGAUGUUUAGUCUGAGUACAUUCCUUAAAUAUUGUUUGCAGAAUACAUAUUUUGUUUGUUUUAUAUUAAAUGUGGCUUUUGUUAUGCAAUGGUAUAUUUAUGAGCAAAAUAUAAUUUAGAUAUGAACUGUGAGAAAAAUGUACAACCUUUAAUAUUGUAAUAAAGCUCAAGCUUUACUGAAAAAAGUAUUAAACUGAUUCAUAUCCUU